AUGGAGAAGACACCACCCUUCAGCUACUUGAACCAGAUGAACGACAUCAUCGACGAGUUGCUGAAGGGGUUCGUGCAAGCCGCGGGUGCGGCGGCCAAGCAGGUGCUGACGAGCGGCAGCUCGCUCAUCCAGGAGGCAGCCUUGUCGAAGUUCCCGGCAGUGGGCUCCCCCGCCACCGUGCACCACUCCGGCCAAAGCCUCGUCAUUUCGAAACACACUCAGAAGCCCAAGCGCAAUGUGGCAACUCUGCAAGUGGACGGGGAUGAUGGCCCAGAGCAUGGCAUGUCCUUCAAUCUGCACGACGAGGGGAGCAACUAUCAGCCCAAGCUGAUCACCCAGUUCCACGGCUACGAAAGGGACACCAGCUCCUGUUUGGCUUUUGCCCCGAAGAGGUUGCACCCUGGCAACCCGACCGAAGCAGACUGGAAGGUGGGCAGGGGGACUGGACCCCAGGAACUUGUGCCUUGGGCGGUUCCCUGUGGCACGAAUUGGAUGAAGCAGAACCAGCAGGCAUGGGAAGGUUAUUCCUUCUACACCGGGGAGCUCGCUAUCGAGCAAUGCUUGACAGUGACAUACGGUCUCACGGUGCAGCCCGUCUUCGCCUUUGUGGGCGGCGUGCAAUUGAGUGUAAUGCCUGCGCCGCUGGUUUCUGUGGAGACCAUGGACCUGAGCAUGCUGCGCACGCAGAUCAAGUCCAGCGGCGUGCUCCUUUUCUCCAGGACCGUGCGCCUCUCCAAGCGCUACAGGGAUCCCACCGACUUCGUCAACCACGCAGGCCACUUGCACUACAGCAAGGCAGACUGGCAGAAUGCAGAAAACCCUCGACAGGCCAAUCCCAGGACGAACCUCGUGCAAACCGGGCAGAAGGCACAAGUUUAUCAGACGCACAACGAGUCGCAGCGGUCUCACGACGACAAGGCCCAGAUGAACCGGAGCGCAUAUGAGUUUGAGUGGGCAGAGGACGCGGACAUGUACCUGGCAUCCGGCAACAUUUCGGCCGAGUUCGGGGUCAAUUUGACCUCCGCAACUCGUACUGAGAGCAGAAGAUUGACGCUUUCUAGAAGACAGGUUCAGACCCCGUGA